UCUGCAGCUUUCUUCUCCACUCUCUCUUUCUCUCUCUUUCAAAGCUGUCCCUUUAUUUAAGUCCGUAACCGCUCAACAAAACAAACUCAGCUUUGCUUCUCUCACUUUCCCAAGAAAGACAAUUUUAGGAAAAAAAAAAAGUUUUUUUUUUCGUUUAUGCAGAAGCGAGAGUUGUCCAGAAAAGCAUGCUUUCAAGGGUGAAUAGCGGUUUGGUUUGGAUGGAAGGUACUAAAGAAGAUGAACACUCAUCUUCAUGGAACAGAACCAACGGUAAUAACAACAACAACAACAACAACAGUGUUAUAAUGGAGAACAAAGAAAUGAUGGGUUCUUCUUUAUCUUCAUUCAAAUCCAUGUUAGAUGAUGAAUGGUACGUUCCAAACAAUGGUAUUUCGAGCCAUCAUGAUAUUAGAGAACUUUCGUUUUCUCCAAAUCUUGGUGACCAUCAAGAUAAUCUCUUGCUGCAUCAUCAGCAGCAGCAGCGACCAGUGGAUUCUUCUUCUUCAUGUUCACCAUCUUCCUCUGUUUUUAACAAUAUUGACCCAUCUCAGGUACAGUUCUUUUUGCAGCCAAAACCAAGCUUAUCUUCGUUCCUUAAUGUUGUUUCUAAUAACCCUUUAGACCAUGGGUUUGAUUUGGGUGAAAUUGGGUUCCUUGACAACCAAGCAACAACAAAUGCUACUACUUUAUUAAACCGGGAAUAUACUAGGGUUUUGGGUGGUUUCACCGAUUUAAGCCCUGGUAAUCAGUUAGACACUGCUAAUUCCUGCCCCGAGACUCAAUUCUCGGGUUCUCGAGUGGUUCAGCUGACGGAAAACGGUGGUGGGUUCGCCGGUUUUCAAGGGUUUAAUGAGAAUCCAGGGAAUCCUCUGUUUCUAAAUAGGUCUAAGCUGCUAAGACCAUUGGAUAGCUUCCCUUCAGUGGGAGCACAGCCAACUCUGUUCCAAAAAAGAGCUGCUUUGAGGAAGAAUUUAGCUGAUAAUGGAGGGAAUUUCGGGGUUUUAAGUGGAGGAAACAUUAAUGCUCCCAGUGGAACUGUGGGGGAUAAAGGGAAGAAAGAAAUGAACAAAGAGAAUGAAAAGAAAAAAAAUUACAACAGAGAUGAACUAGAAGAUGUAAGCAUUGAUGGGUCAGCUUUGAAUUAUGAUUCAGAUGAGUUCACUGAGAAUAACAAAGUUGAGGAAGCUCUUAAAAAUGGUGGGAACACCUCAAAUGCAAACAGUACAGUUACUGGAGGAGAUCAAAAGGGUAAAAGGAAAGGUCUUCCUGCUAAAAAUUUAAUGGCCGAGAGGCGCCGUCGAAAGAAACUCAAUGAUAGGCUUUACAUGUUGCGGUCAGUUGUUCCAAAGAUUAGCAAAAUGGAUAGAGCAUCUAUUCUUGGGGAUGCCAUUGAGUACCUGAAGGAACUACUGCAAAGGAUCAAUGAUCUCCAUAACGAAUUGGAGUCGAACCCUGGUAGCUCUUCGCUCACACCUACAACCAGUUUCCAUCCUUUGACUCCCACUCCGGCUACCUUGCCUUGUCGUAUCAAGGAUGAACUUUGCCCUAGUUCGUUACCGAGUCCCAAUGGGCAGCCAGCAAGGGUUGAAGUAAGGCUGAGAGAAGGAAAAGCUGUAAACAUCCACAUGUUUUGUGGGCGCAGACCAGGCCUUUUGCUCUCAACAAUGAGGGCUUUGGACAGCCUUGGGCUUGAUAUUCAACAAGCAGUCAUUAGCUGUUUUAAUGGCUUUGCCAUGGAUAUCUUUCGAGCUGAGCAAUGCAAGGAAGGGCAGGACAUCCAUCCUGAGCAGAUCAAAGCUGUACUAUUGGAUUCAGCUGGUUUCAACAAUAUGAUUUAGGGUUCUUCAGCAAAUUCUAUCAAACAAGCAAAUUGCACUUUUGUUUCAAGUGUUUCAAGUGUUUACAAGUCGAUUGUGCCAAACAAAUCAAAAGACAAUAGUAGUGAGAGAACAACAUGAGAGCUUUUAAAUUAAUUUGAACUGGUGGGAAACUCGCCAUUAACUGAACUUUUGGAAGAUACUCAUCUUUUUUCAGCAUUUUAGAAUUCUAUUGUCUGAA